AUGCUCUUAGUGAACCAGACAAGAUGUCAGACCGAGAAGAAAGAAAGAGAUCAGAUAGAGAUCCCUCCGACGACGACGACGAGCGGGAGGAGAGAAGUGGACACCGGGGUGAUGGGGAAAGGGGCAGGUAAGGCUGGAACAUCAAGUCCUUACAUCUCCCUACCUGCAAGUUUGCUGGGCUGGCAAGAGGAAGAAGCGCGAGAGAAGCGAAUCCAGCAGCUCCAGCAGCUCCAGCAGCAGCUCCAGCAGCAGAAGGCAGACAAGAGGAAAAAAGACAAGAAGAAGAAGAAAGACAAGAAGAAGAAGAAGGACAAGAAGAAGAAGAAGGACAAGAAAGAAAAGAGAAAAUCGAAUCUUAACGACCAGUGUGGACAAUAUGGUUUCAUUCGAGUCUCAGAAAAGUUUGUGAAACAGGAGGAAUUCCGAGCAUGGUUAUGUGAGCACAAAGGAAUAGAUUACGGGAUGCUGGCACCGAAAGAAUUGGAUGACAUGUGGGCAACGUUUGUUGAAGACUUCAAUACAGCGACUUUACCUCACGUGAAAUAUUACAAUCUCCGUGCGUGGGAAGUGCAAUCUGCCAGCAAAAAGAGCAAAGAUGACCGAAAGAAGAAGGACAAGAAAAAGAAAAAGAAUGAGAAGGAUACGGUCAUGGAGAGAGAUGAAGAUAUCAGGCAUCAAGCCAAAGAGAAGGAGGCCAUGGCCAAAAUCUUGGAGAUGGCAAUGCAAGCUAGGCAGAACAAGUGA